AUGGGCGCUUAUCCUGCAUGGCCGCCGGUUGAAGCAACAGCCGCGAUCGCCGGACCUUUGGCCGAGGACCCGCAAGGGAUGGACGAGAGGAGUGCAGAUCGGUUGCGGUACCCGGGCAGGAAGCGCGUGCUGGGGUUCGUCGGGGUGCAGACCGGUUUCGGCUGCAGCCGCAAGAGGCGCACUCUGCUUCGCGAGACGUGGUUCCCCGCCACGCCCGAGGAGCACGCGCGGGUAGAAGCAGCAACGGGGUUGGUGUUCCGGUUCAUCAUCGGGCACGGUGGCACAGACGGAGGAAGCAGCACAGACAGAGGAAGCAGCGGUGAUGCGGAAGAGCAGCUGCUGCAGGCGGAGAACAGCACUCACGGGGACUUCCUUCGCAUCGACACCCAGGAGGGAUACCUCAAUCUCAGCCGCAAGACAUGA